UAGUCGUGCAGCGUCUUCUUCCUCCGCCCCAUGGCGGCGGCUCCGGCCGCGGAAGCGGAAGGCGGUGCCGGGCACGGCGGGGAGGGGGCGGCCGACACCGGGCCCGACUCCCCGAUGGGUUCCCCACACCACCGGGAUGCGGCCGCGGAGCCCCCCUGGCCGUGGGGAGAGGAGUGGGCCCCCUCCCCCCGGCUGCCCCUCGCCCGCUGUCCCGGCACCAGCCACAGGGCGACGUCGCCGUCCCCGCCCGGUGGCUGCCGCGACGCCCCGGGCUCCCCUGGUGCCCCCACGAUGGAGUGGGACAGGAGGGCGACGAGUGUAGGGGUAGGGCCCGGGCCCGACCCCCGCGGGGGCGACCUGUGGUGUGUGAGCACCGUCGGUGAAAAGGAACAGAGCCUGGCAGCGCUGAGGGAGGAGGUCGAGCAGCUCUCCAAGUACAAGGCGGAGUGCGCGCAGAAGGACGAGGUGAUCUCCGGUCUGCUGAAGGAAACAGAAAGCCUGAAGAAGGAGCUGGAGCUGCUCAAGAGCGGUGGAGACGCGGAGCUGUAUGCAGAAAUGGAACAAGACAGCUCAAAUGAAGAAGCCACCGAAGAAGCCACCGAAGAAGCUGCUGAAGAAGCCGCCGAAGAACCCCCCGAAGAAGCUGCCGAAGAGGCCGCUGAAGAAGCCGUCGAAGAGGCCGCUGAAGAAGCACUCAGUGACACCAGCGCUCCAGGGCUCUUUCUGGAGCAGGCAGAAGGAGAGGAGACACUGAUUGCCCAGCUCAUUGCGUCCCAGGAUGCCAACGAAGAACUCUGUGCAGAACUGAAAAAUGCACGCGAUGACUACGACCUAGCCACAGGUGUCAUGUGUUCCUUGCAACGACAACUGGAGAUCCAAGAAUCCCAGCUUCGGAAAACUGAAUCUGAAAAUGAAAGGCUUGAAAAGGAGCUCAGAGAGCGAGAAAGUCAGCUACAGGCCAUGUCUGCCAAGUUUUGCAGUCUGAGAGAAGAAUGGAAACAUGAAGAAAUUAUAGUGACAACAGAGAAGGAGAACUGCAGUCUUCGACAGGUUGUCACAGAACAAGAAUCCAAACUGGCUGAGCAGAACAAGCUGAUCAGCGAUCUGCAGGGUGCAGUCAGCCAGCUAGAGGCAGAGGCUCUGACCAGUCGAUACCAGAUCCACAAGCAGCAGCGUGCCCAGGAAGAGAUGCAGAGCCAAGCUGAAACACUGCAGCACACGGAGCUGCAAACUAGAGUGGCACUCGAGUGCCUCACCAGCAGGUUUGAAAGAUUUCGAAGCAAAAUAAUUCAGGCUACGUUUGGUACAGCAGGCAACAAGCCUCCCCAGGCAGAACUCACUGAUGAGGAGGUGCUGGAGGCAAUGCAGAAGAUAAUUAAUGAGCGGAUAGAGUUUCAUCAGAUGCUGAAACAAAAAGGUGUCAGGCUCCCAUCUCUCUACAACAUCGACACGGUUACUUCAUCACCUACCAAUUCUAAGGGUAGGAGGAAGAGUCCUGCAAGGUAGCUUCUCUUAAUGCCUGCGAAAUAGCCCUAGUGGUUAAGUCUCAACAUGUCGCCAACAUCAGGCUUCUGUUCAUUUGUUUUCUGGUGACGAUUUGAUAGCAAAUUAAACUUAUUUUACUUGAUUCAAGUUCUGUGGAAUUCAGUUGUUUUCUAAUUGCUGAAACCGAUUAAACAGCAUUUGUAAAUCA